AUAAGGUACAGAUGGUUUAGGGCGUAUAUGGGUAGGGUAUAAGAUAUUGAUGGUCUUGACGGUUAUAAGUUACGUUUUUUAUUAACAUAUGUUCACUUGAAGUCAUUUGAAGUCUUUAACGGCAGGAGAUCCCUUUUUAAUUUAUGUUUAUGGUACGUGGUUAGGGUACAAGGUAUGUGGUGUAGAGUAUAUGAUAUAAGGUUAGUGUAUAGCAAUUAGCAAAUAUCACUUUUUAUCUAUGUUUUGAAAAUCAAAGUAUGAAUUUCACUUUUAAAUUAACUAUACUAGCAAAAUCACAACUCAAUGACAUAUGGUUAGGGUAUAGGGUAUGUGGUUAGUGUAUAAUGUAUUGAUGGUUUAGGGUAUACAAUCAACAACAUAUACUAACUUAAUAUUGUUGAUUGAGGGUAAGGCUAAAUGUAUAGGAUAUAUGUUAUUGAGUAAGUUAUGAUUGAAGUCACAAUAAUUUUACUAAAUUUGUUAGUUAAUCUUUAAUGGUUCAAUUUUUAGGAUAAUUCGAACAAUUUUAAAGAUAACUCGUUUGGCAACAGUUUACUGUAGUUAUUUGGGCAAUGAGUUAUUUCGAAAUAACUUCUUUUAUCACUUCGCUUUUGCCAAAUACCACAUGUCAAAUACCAGAUUUGCAUGGUUAUACUAAACGAGAUACUUUAAUCCAAUUACUACUGAAUUAAUACUAAAAUAUCAAAUAAACAAUUAAUGGUGUCUUUUGGUUGCAAAUAUUGAUAUCACCAUUACUAUUAGCUAGUGUACUUUACCAAUUAUGAUGUUAAUAAGUUCCCGAGCUUUAGAUACUCUUGUAUAAAAAUUGAAAGAUUUUGCCCACUCAAUUAAUUACAUAACAAGUUUGCAAGUCAUACAAAUUGAUUUAACAUUUUGACUAGUUUUUUUCAAAAAAAAUUAAGUAUAUGUAUACGAGGUAUAAAUAAAUUGGUUAAAAGUUGAGAAAAAUAUUUUAAAUUAGUGUAAUAAAAUGUGUAAGUUGGUAACGAGUAAUGAGUAAGUUACUCGAUGCGCUAGCCCAAACAACCCGAAACCCGAUCUGCCCGCGACCCGCCCGACCCAAAACCCGAUGAACCUGCAACCCGAUUGAACCCGAACCCGAUGAACCCGCAACCCGUUUGAACCCGAACCCGAUUGAACCCAGCCCGAACCCGCCCGAUUGACACCGGCCAGUCAGUGUCCUGGUAGACAUGCUUCUGAUCACUGCUCUCGCUCUAAUGGAAAAGCCCCGACAUCGACAUGGCUGGAAGCGGUUGCUGGAAGAUCUGAUCGGCAGAGAAGGGUCGCUCUUAAUCUUAGGGGUCGUUUGGAAGUUGCGAAUGUUAAAUCAUUGCAUUGUAAUGAAUCACAACAAAAUAAAUACAUGUAUUGUUAUAAUGGAUGCAUUUCAAUAAUACAUUGUUUGGUUGUUGAGAUUUUACUUUAUGUAUUGACUUGCAUAAAGUUACUUUAUGGGAAAAUGUCACAUUUAUCCUCAAUUUUUAGUAUAAGACAAAAACUAAUAGGGAUAUAAAUGGAAAGAAAAAAUGUACACAAAUCUAAAAUCAACCAUCACAACAAUCUCAACUUUUAGUUUUUAUUUUUUUGUAAAUGGAUGCAUCCCAUCUCAGCUUUCAUUCACAACGAAACGAGGCACAGAGAGGCCUUGACAGUCAUACAAGAGGAGGCUACAAAGGGUAGAGUCUGAAACAUCAAUCCUAUGAAAACCCAAAGGUAACGAAUGGCCCCUACUAGCAAGGGCGUCAGCACACUAGUUUCCCUCUCGAUAAAUGAGGGAAAUAGACAACUUCCCAAUUACGGGCAAGCAGCUCCUGGAACCGGUCAAUCAAAGCAGCAUGGUGGUGAUCGGGUCGCUUUCUGCUCUGCCUGCUCUGCAGGAGUUGGACUGCACACCUGGAGUCGAGCUCAACACGAACUCUCCUAUAACACUCGUCACAGGACAACUGAAGACCUUCAACAUCGCCUCUCAAUUCUGCUCGGGUAACAGAACAAACCCAAAUUCAAAGCAAAAGCUCCCAAGCAGCUUCCUUAGUGAUCUCUAAUCGGGCCACCAGCUGCAGCAUGGCCUGAUUCAUGAAAAACGGAGCCGUCUAAAUUGAGAGUGACCCACUCUGGAGGUGGCUUCCACGAGAUAUCCACCUCCUUCUAGCAGGCAGAUUAUGCGUAUGAACGAGCCUAUCUUUGUCCAUGGCACUCCACACGACAUUUAUCCAUGCGUGGACGUGUUGUAGGAACACUUCAGUUGUAACGACUUUGUUCUGGAAAAAAAGUACUCUAUCGUUCCUAGUCCUCCAAAGGGAUUAGCAGAUGAUGCCAAACUCAGGGUUGGUGUGCUCUUUGUUGAUUUUACGGCAUAGCCAAUCUUGGACAUUGCUGUCAAAAAAGUCUCGAUGGUGUCCUCCCCAGAAUCCGCCUCUCCUUUGGCAAUCUCGUACGCUGACGGACCUGGAAUCUGCCAUCUAUCUCCGAACCCCAUGUCAUGAUGUCCUCCCCUGAUCCGGCUAACGGGGGCUGAAUGCCCAAGACAUGCAAAACAAUGUCCUCGGGAAGGAAAGAGCGGAGUUUAUUGAUAUUCCACUCACCGGUGCUAGUACCAAAGUCGGCCACCGAAGCCGCAAGGUCCAUCUCAACUUUUAGUUGAGAUUGUAUAAUGCAUGAUUUUUUGUGAUUGUUAGUAGGACCUACCUAAAACAAUACAUGCAUUGUUGUACAAUGUACACUUUUGCACUUCCAAACAUUGUAUUGUGCAUAAUGCAUGUAUUCAAUAAACGCAACUCUAACAAUCACAACUACCAAACGACCCCUUAGAGACUGUUGUGUGUGUUCGAUUUGCGGGUCUCGCGAUUCUUUUGUGGCCUUUAGCUGUCGUGGCGUCAGUUGUAGGAAGCUGUAGUUUCCAGCUUCUUCUUGGGAUUGUACAGCGGAGUUGUUGUCUAUUAGGUUUGAAUCAGACCGCAUUUUCGGAUAUAUUGGUCCCUUUGUGUUCGAGUGUUUAACCGCUCUGGAACUUCUGAUAGGGUCAAACUCCAACGGGAAAAGACUCCUCCUGGAAGGGUUGAUAGAAACCAAGAAAUUAAAGAAUGCCUUGUGAAGGGCAAUUGCAAGAAGUUAGGGAUCAAACUGCCAGCUUGGACUAGGGGUGUAAGUUUGACCCUUAAAACCCACUGACCCGCUCCGACCCGCCCCGACGGAGGGUCGGGCUGGGUCAGUUUGUUUAUAAGGUCAAUUUAGGGUCGGGUCAGGGUCAGAUAGGGUCGGGUCAAUUUAGGGUCAGGUCACUUUUUGACCCUAUGACCCUUAGCAUCAUACAAACAUGUUGGACCUAUUUGUAAAAUUUUAUAAGUUUAGGUACUAAAUUGUAAAAAUUAAAAAAUUUGGGUACCAAAAUGUAAUUUUACCAUCAAAUUUUAGGGACUUAUUUGUAAAAAAAUAAAAAUUGAGUACUAAAAUGUAAGAAAAAUAAAUUCGGAUA